AUGACUUGUCUUAAAAGAACUUUGCGGUAUUUUAUUUCUUUAAACAGUAAGACCUAUUGUCAUAGACGAUUAAAUUUCCUUGGGUCAAAGUUUUACCUACAUGAAAUGCUCAACGAAAUGGCGGAACUAAAAGAACUCAAGGGUGUUCCUCAUAGAGAUUUCUACAAUGUCAGAAAGGUAGACACACAUAUCCAUGCAGCAGCAUGUAUGAACCAAAAACAUCUACUUGAUUUCAUCCAAACCACCUAUAAAACUGAUGCAGAGAGAGUUGUCCUUGAGAAAGCGGGGCUUAAGCUAACUCUCAAACAGGUGUUUAACAACCUGAAUAUGGACCCUUAUGAUCUUACUGUAGACUCCUUAGAUGUCCAUGCCGGCAGACAAACCUUUCAUCGCUUUGACAAAUUCAACUCCAAAUACAAUCCAGUAGGAGCAAGUGAGCUACGGGAAAUCUACUUGAAGACUGACAAUUACAUUAAAGGGGAGUAUUUCGCCCGCUUGAUCAAGGAAGUAGCACAUGAUCUGGAAGAAAGCAAGUAUAAGCAUGCCGAACCGCGACUGUCCAUCUAUGGGAGUGGGAAAAGUCUCUCCCAUUGGUUUAUUCAGCACAAAGUGUACUCUCCAAACAUGCGCUGGAUCAUACAAGUGCCCAGAAUAUAUGACAUUUUCAAGUCACGCAAGUUGAUUCCUAAUUUUGCCAAGAUGCUUGAGAACAUUUUCCUUCCUCUGUUUGAGGCUACAGUGAAUCCCCAGAAGCACAAAGAGCUCCAUGUAUUUCUAAAAUAUGUGACUGGCUUUGACAGUGUGGAUGAUGAAUCCAAACAUAGUGAUCACAUGUUCUCUUACAAGAGCCCCAAGCCUGAGCAAUGGACAACAGAUGACAACCCGCCCUACAGCUACUACCUCUUCCACAUGUAUGCCAACAUCAUGGUGCUCAACAAUCUCAGGAAGGAACGUGGUCUUGGUACCUUUCAGUUCCGUCCACACUGUGGAGAAGCUGGUUCUAUCACCCACCUGGUUUCAGCUUUUCUCACUGCAGACAACAUUUCUCAUGGCUUAAACCUGAAAAAGAGUCCAGUGCUGCAGUACCUGUAUUAUCUUGUGCAAGUGCCCAUUGCCAUGUCCCCACUGAGCAACAGCAGUCUGUUCCUGGAAUACUCCAAAAACCCACUGCGAGAGUUCCUACACAAAGGCUUGUGUGUGUCGCUCUCCACUGAUGAUCCCAUGCAGUUCCACUACACCAAGGAGGCUUUAAUGGAGGAGUACACUAUUGCAGCCCAACUGUGGAAGUUGAGCACAUGUGACGUGUGUGAGAUCGCUAGGAACAGCGUCCUGCAGAGUGGCCUUUCCCAUGAGGAGAAAAAGCAUUUCCUUGGGGUCAGUUACCUGAAAGACGGACCAGAGGGGAAUGACAUUCGCCGAACAAAUGUAGCCCAGAUCCGCAUGGCCUACAGACACGAGACACUGUGUAAUGAACUCAGCUUCCUCGUAGAUGCAGUAAAGUCAGAGGUCGUUGGGUCACAGUAGUUGUCCAAUAAGCCCUCUGUGCCCAUAUGAUUGCUAUUUUUAUAAACAGUAGGAAUGAAUGCACAGGGACCCAAAUGUAAUGUUGUUUAUUAUCUAGUCUUGCUCUGAUUCUCAGAUUUCUAAUACCCAGCCUUCUCGUAAACACCAUCGUCUGCCUAUGCACUGCAGCGACUUGAAACGGGUUUGGCAUACUUGACAUUACAUUACAUGGGUAGUGUCUCCCUCCUGUGGAGAUUUGUGAACUAUAUCCUCAAAACAUUUAUGUGCAGCAGAAAUAGGCAGACAUCGAGAUGCUUCUCUGGCAAAGAAAAAGGUCUGGAACAUUCCGCCACUGCUCGGCAGAACAUACAAAGAAAAAAAACCCUAAAGGAUUAGCUUAGAUAUUUAUACAGCCUCAAAAUGUUGGUUUAUGGUCAGAGCUGUGGUUUGUCAGGUAGAGCAUCAUUUCCUGUGCAUUCUUCGCUGUCCUGUCAGUAGUAGAAAACCAUAAUUAAAUGGAACAAAAAACUUAAAAAACAUCUCACAUGGUUGCCAUUUUAAUUAAUGCAGCACAUAAUGUUUGUAAAAAGGGAAAAAUAUUAGUGUUUGAUUUUUUUUUGAGAAUAUUUUUAAU